GGAGGACGUCAUAUGACAUCCUCCCACAACGCGCUCUCCUGCGCGACACAGCUGAUCACAGCAGAGAUCGGCACCGAUCAUCAGGGCAGUGAUGAUCAGUGCCCUGAUGAUCGGUGCCCAGCAGUGCCACCCACCAGUUCCGCCCACCUGUGCCCAGCAGUGCCACCUACCUGUGCCCAGAAGUGCAACCUACCUGUGCCCACCAGUGCCACCCACCUGUGCCCACCAGUGCCACCCACAUGUGCCCACCAGUUCCACCCACCUGUGCCCAGCAGUGCACCCACCUGUGCCCAUCAGAGCCACCUACCUGUGCCCAGAAGUGCCCAUCAAUGCAGUGCUGCCAGUCAGUGCCACCAGUCAGUGCCCAGCGGUUGUGCCAGUCAGUGCCCAGCAGUUGUGCCAGUCAAUGCCUAGCAGUGCCGCCAGUCAGUGCCCAGCGGUUGUGCCAGUCAGUGCCCAGGAGUGAUGCCAGUCAGUGCCACCUAUCAGUG